CAAACUAAAUCAAUACAGCAAGAAGCAGAAUCUGGAGUGGAAGUAGCAACUACCUUCAAAACUGACACUACCUACCGUUGAUGUCCCUCAAUCUAACGGCUCAAAGACCCUCCAAAGUUAAUACCCAAAUCACAAUCUUGAUCUUCCCUCUAUUUCCAUUUCCGCUGUUCACCUAUUCACUCUUCAACAGUGGCAUUCAAUUGAUUUCCAAGGCAAAGUUUUGAACUUUCUGGCAUUUUUAGCAGUUUCUUCGAUUGGGUCGGCGUUGAAAAUUUUCUGGGCAUGUUUGGAUAGUGAGAAAAUCAUAGGAUGCCUGUCUCAACUCGAUCUCAAAUCAACCAAGGGCAAAAUGAACCAAACCCUUUGGAGAGUAGCAAACCCAGGUCAGAUCAAGAACAAAACCAUGCGAAUUUUCCACUGAGAAACCCCCACCAUGGCUUGAAAGAAAAGAUGAAAGCUUUAACUCAGCUCUAUGAGAAGCAAAAGCAGGCCUCGGCAGCUCUCAGGAACCAGUCUUCAAAAACCGAUCAGGAGCUGCGGUUCACAACUCACCCGAGCGUCGAGCUUCUUGGUUCUUGUAAAAAAGAAGAGAAAGAAUCGAAGCCUAGCCAUGUGAUGCGAGAGAACAACAACACAAUGCACAACUCCACCAUUACAAGAACUUAUGUUCUGCCUCAACCACCAACCCAUGACGCCAAGGAGAAUGUAGUGGGCGGCAAUGACAAAAUUCUCAGCUUUACUUCGUGCCCGAGAAAGGCCAAGGCUUCUACUGCAGUAGCACGGAGGCUCUCAAUGGGAGGUCACGUGCCGCAGCCGGAGUCUAAAGGGGCGGAGGGAACUAAGAAUGUUCCAGAAUCGGAGACCACUUCGGCUUCAGAGAAACACACAAGUCGGAUUCUUGUGUUUGUGAGGCUCAGGCCGAUGGCCAAGAAGGAGAAGGAAGUGGGUUCUCGGUGCUGUGUUCGAAUUGUGAACAGGCGUGACGUUUAUCUCACGGAGUUUGCGAACGAGAACGAUUAUCUGAGGCUGAAGCGUCUUCGAGGACGACAUUUCACCUUCGAUGCUUCUUUCCCAGAUACCACUUCUCAACAAGAAGUUUAUUCCACCACUACGGCAGAGCUUGUGGAAGCAGUUCUGCAGGGAAGGAAUGGAUCAGUCUUCUGCUAUGGUGCUACAGGAGCUGGAAAAACAUACACAAUGCUAGGCACGCUGGAGAAUCCGGGAGUUAUGGUUUUGGCAAUCAAGGACCUCUUUACCAAGAUAAGGAAGAGGAGCUGUGAUGGAAACCAUGUGGUUCAUCUGUCCUAUCUUGAGGUCUAUAAUGAAAGUGUCAGAGAUUUGCUCUCUCCUGGAAGGCCUCUGGUACUUAGAGAAGACAAACAGGGGAUAGUGGCAGCCGGACUUACACAAUACAGAGCUUAUUCCACCGAUGAAGUCAUGGCAUUGCUUCAGCAGGGAAACCAAAACCGAACUACUGAACCAACUCGCGCUAAUGAAACUUCCUCACGGUCCCAUGCUAUUUUGCAGGUUGUGAUUGAAUACCGGGUAAAAGAUGCUUCCAUGAAUGUGGUCAACCGAAUUGGCAAGCUCUCACUUAUUGAUCUUGCCGGGUCAGAGAGAGCCCUUGCCACGGAUCAGAGGACAGUUAGAUCUCUCGAGGGUGCCAACAUAAAUCGGUCACUCCUUGCACUGAGCAGCUGUAUCAAUGCUCUAGUGGAGGGGAAGAAACACAUACCUUAUCGGAAUUCAAAGUUGACCCAACUUCUCAAAGAUUCUUUAGGAGGAGCUUGUAACACUGUGAUGAUUGCUAAUAUCAGCCCAUGUAAUCUCUCCUUUGGUGAAACCCAAAACACUCUUCAUUGGGCUGAUCGAGCAAAGGAAAUUAGGACAAAGGCGUGUGAGGUGAACGAGGAAGUACUGCAAGUACCUGAAUCUGAUACUGAUCAGGCCAAGCUAUUACUUGAACUACAGAAAGAGAAUCGUGAACUGCGAGUACAACUAGCACAUCAGCAACAGAAGUUAUUAGUUAUACAAGCACAAUCCUUGGCUGCAAAUGCCUCUCCAACCCCUUCUUCAGUUACAUCUCUUUUGACUCCUCCAACUUCUGCCCAACCAAAUGAGAAGCGGAAACCCAGACCCUCUUUCUUGACUGGGAAUUGUUUCACACCAGAAUCCAAGAAAAAAGGUGCUGAGGAAGCAGUUAGAGAGCUUCGUAAGACUGUAAAGGCAUUGGAAGCAGAAAUAGAGAAGAUGAAGAAAGAUCACACUUCACAUCUAAAGCAGAAGGAUGAUCUCAUUCGUGAGCUUUCACGGAAAAGUGAAAAAACACCAGGAGCAGCAGGGAGGGAGGGGGGGACAAAGAGGAUAGUUACAAGGGCUAGCUUGAGACCACAGGAGCCAAGGACUAGCUUGAGACCACAGGAGCCAAGCACUGGUGAGCUGAAGAGCCCGAGUCACCGUUUUAGGUCACCAGUCCCAACGGCUAAAAAACGAAGCUUUUGGGACAUAACUACGGCAAACAGCCCAUCAGUAGCUACACUAAAUGGAAGAAAAACUAGAAGCCAUGUCAUUUCUGAACCUGCUGGAGCUCCCUCCAUGCUUCUUCAGCUUGCAUAUCCAUGUUUCUGGUUUGUGAUAUUUUUUGGACCGCACAUCAUCAAUUGCACCAUUCAGCCAGGUUUUGCACGACAACAGCCUGAGCAUUGGAAGUAACAUUGGACAAACAGGAAGAAAGGGAGAAAUAGCUA